AUGCAUCUGAAUCCACGUUGGCAGAAGGAAUGCUUCGAAGCGAUUGUGCAGGAGCUGGAUGAGGAAUCGUUGAUCGAUUUAUUGCUUGGCUGCCAGAGGCUUCAGGUUAGUAUAUGUUGUAUUUCUCGGUACAGUCAGACUUACGUAAAGUGGACUAGUCCGAUUGCUAAGCUGCAUCGAGGCACUUUUGAUACUGCUUUGAAGUCGCCGAUCGCUUCUCCCUUAGGAAUUUAA